UCGUCGUCAGGUUCGGAGAACAGCAUUUCGUACCCCUGCAUUCGAAUUCCGCUGCUGACAGUGGAUGCUCCCAAUCUCUCCUUCGGGAAUUGGCGUUCUGGGUCCAGAGAGAAUUUUGAUGUUAGCUGCCGCUUUAAUCGAAGUUCUCGAGGGCUGCGACCUCUGCCUGCCGCGGAAAUUAGCUUCGAAAUCGAGCGCUAGAGUCUUUUGAUUUGUUGGUGGAGUAGUGAGAGGCGAGAUGUAUUCCGAUUCGGGAGCAGAUGGCGGGUCGCUCUUCGGAGGUGGGGGAUUCAUGCCCUCUCAGUCCGCGGGGCUGAACGACAACUCGUUUUCUCCCGGUGGAGGCUCGAAGAAAGGCGGCUCCCAGAGUAGCGGUCUGAUUCCUUUGACUGUGAAGCAGUUGAGCUCGGCAUCUCAAAAGCCGUCUGAUGACAAUUUUUACGUUGACGGCCAGGAAGUUAACAAUAUCACUUUAGUGGGGAUGGUCUUCAACAAAGAAGAAAAAGUUACCGAUGUCUCCUUCAUUCUCGACGAUUUCACCGGCAGAAUUGAGGUUAAGAAAUGGAUUGAUGGUCAAGAUUCAGAAGAGCUCGUGGAGUUGCGCAAUAUCAGGAAUGGUAUAUACGUUCGGAUAUACGGGCAUCUCAGAUCAUUUCAGGGGAAACGAAACGUUGUUGCCUUCUCCGUGAGACCUAUCAAGGAGUUUGAUGAGGUCACAUUUCACUUCGUGGAAGCUAUCUACGUCCACGCUUUCAACAUGAAGACUCAGGGAGGUUUGGCGGGAUCCAGAACUCCUGCUAGUACUGCAGUUCCAUACAGUGGGCACCCUGCGUCCUCCAUGACUCCUAAUCCAAGCGUGAACAUGCGUACUAAUCUUGCGAAUCAGUACAUGGCCCCAGCAUCAGUGCCAGUAGGAAGCAACUCUGUGGACGAGUGCCAAAGGAGGGUGCAUGCUCUAUUUGAUGAGCCCGCUAACUUGGCUAUUGAGCAAGGCCUGCAUGUGGACGAUGUGGCACGCAAAAUGGUUGGCUACUCUAAGCAACAAGUCAAGGAUGCUAUCGAGUUUCUGGUGAAUGAAGGAUUCAUCUAUUCAACGAUUGACGAUGAUCACUUCAAGUCGACAAAUGGGUAAUCUAGUCUACGUAGGAACGCUCCGAAAGGGAGACGGUGGCAGUCAGACCGUUAGAAGCGGUCGGAGAGACGGACCUUGUGUGAGGGGUUUGUAUUCCCCUAUUAUUGUCAAAGCUACGUCGAUGAUCUCCAGGUAGAAGAGAUCAACUUCCAGAGGUCACGCUACUCCCCUACACUUGUAAAUGCCAACUUUUAGAUGCAGCCCUGGGGGGUUUUUUUUGUACAUUGAGAAAAUUAGGAGGGUUCUAGUGAAUUAAUGGAAGAGAAGUACAGUGAGGAAGGUGAAAAAGGUGUAGCUGACUAGCAGCACUGCAAGGAUGCCUCUCUUUUGAGACACGCAUGUUCCUACAUCGCAAGAGAGUGUUCCCUGGAAGGCUGUAGAACCCCACAUUAGAGCUUGAAUGCCAAUAUCAUUGAGGUGUCCAAUUGAAAGCCUAUGGGCACCACUUAUUUCUGUGGAUGUUAGUUGAAAUAAUUUGUGCACUUCGCUUAUGCUGAGUUCCCCAUGACCAACAGUUAACCCG